CGGCAACAACGACGACAUAACGACAUCAACACAUCAUACCUUACCAUUAAUAGGUACAAUGGCAUACGGAGCAACAUCAUCAGCACCAACAGUACUCGUCACUUCCUCCACAUCAUUCCUCGGCGCACACACAGUCCUCGAACUCGUUCGUCGUGGUUACCUCGUCAAAGCCGGCGUGCCCUCCGUCGCACUCGCACGCCAGUUCCUCAAACAACAUCCCGCCUGCGCACCCGCACUCGAGUGGACCAUCCUCCCUUCCCUUACGAGCCCCCGCGCUGUCGAAGAGGCGGUUCGCGAUGUGGACUAUGUCAUCCAUGUCUGUGCACCCUUUGCGAUGGAGUACGAGGACCCGAUGGACGUCCUCCUCCCCGCAGUCGAAGGGACCCACGCACUCCUCGCAGCGGCCGCACGCCAACCUCGAGUGAAACACGUCGUUCUCACCUCUUCCCUCGGAGCGGUGCUUGAUCCCUCGCGUGGUCUAGCACCAGGGAUCACAUACACCCCCUCCUCCUGGAACCCAGCAACAUGGGAAUCAGCCCUAGCAGCAUCAGACAGCGUCGAGCUUCAUCUGGCUUCAAAGACGCUCACUGAACGCUCGGCCUGGGAUUUCCUCAGCACCUUCAACCCUUCUUUCGCACUGACGACCUUCUGCCCUCCUGUGAUCCUUGGCCCUCCUGCCCAGCCGCUGGCGGACCUUUCCCCCCAGUCGCUAGGAGAGAGCGUAGGCCAGGCAUGGCAGAUCCUUUCGGGAGCUUAUGAUCCUCUCCCUCCGACCCGGUUCCCGCUGUUUGUGGACGUGCGCGAUCUAGCGCGUAUGGAGGUUGCUGCCCUUGGGAGACCGGAAACGAUGGGCCGGCGGUUCCUAGCUGUAGGGGGCGAGUUCUCCAACAGCCAGAUAACGGCUCUGGUCCGACUGCAGUAUCCCUCCGAGCCCCGCCUACCAAGGACACCGCCCACCAAGCCGGGGAGACACUCUCGCGUAGAUGUGAUCAAUACAGAAGCGGUGUUUGGCACGGAGUGGACGAGCCUUGCCCAGAGUGUGAGGGAUAUGGCCGAAGUACUGUUUUCCCGCGAGAGAGAGCUGAGGAAGGAGGAGAAAGGCAGGGUUUGGUGGUCUCGCACUACUGGCGGGCGGACGUCGCCAGACGAUACGGACAGGCUGGAGAUCACACAUGUGGAGGGGAUGAUGACGGUUGAGGUUGCGUGAAAGCACGGGGGAAGGGAGCGACUUUGUUGUAUUGGCUUUGUACGCAUUCAAC